CCAAAACAGCUGUCGCAUCGCGCAUGGACGGAUGACGUGCCGUGCUGGAGAUUCAUCGAUUGAUUUCGUUUCCGUUUAUUUCGUCGCCAAAGUCAGUCGCGACUGAUGCGACGGAGCCGUGUAUAGUUAUUUAGUUUAGUAGUGUGUGGUGACAAACGUGAAAUAUGGGGUCGUUGUUCAGGAGUGAGGAGAUGACAUUAUGUCAGCUUUUCCUGCAAAGUGAAGCUGCGUAUGCCUGCGUGUCGGAGCUGGGAGAGCUGGGGCUGGUACAAUUUCGCGAUUUAAACCCAGACGUCAAUGCCUUCCAACGCAAGUUCGUCAACGAGGUCCGUCGAUGCGACGAGAUGGAGCGCAAGCUCCGCUACCUCGAGAAAGAGAUCCGACGAGACGGGAUCCCCAUGUUGGAGAUCCCAGGGGAAUGCCCAGAGGCACCUCAACCUAGGGAGAUGAUCGAUCUCGAGGCCACCUUUGAAAAGCUGGAGAACGAGCUGCGCGAGGUCAACCAGAACGCUGAGGCUCUCAAGAGGAAUUACCUCGAGCUCACAGAGCUGAAGCACAUCCUCAGGAAGACGCAGGUGUUCUUCGACGAGCACGAGGGCGGGGCCGGUACCACUGAGUCCAUGACGCGGGCGCUGAUAUCCGACGACCAGAACAGAAAUGUCGGUCACGUCCAACUGGGUAUGCGGGAUAAGCAGGAGUCAUUGGAAUUCUUACCGUGCUUCGUCGCUGGUGUGAUCCUUCGUGAACGCAUACCAGCGUUCGAGCGUAUGCUGUGGCGCGCGUGCCGCGGCAAUGUCUUCCUGCGUCAAGCUGAAAUCGACUCGCCUCUUGAGGACCCGUCUUCCUCCGACCAGGUGUACAAAUCGGUCUUCAUCAUCUUCUUCCAAGGCGACCAGCUGAAGACGCGCGUCAAGAAAAUCUGCGAGGGCUUCCGCGCCACACUCUACCCUUGCCCCGAAGCACCCGCGGACCGACGUGAAAUGGCCAUGGGUGUCAUGACACGGAUUGAAGAUCUUAAUACGGUCCUCGGCCAGACGCAAGACCACCGUCACCGCGUGCUCGUCGCCGCCGCCAAGAACAUCAAGAACUGGUUCGUCAAAGUCCGCAAGAUCAAGGCCAUCUACCACACCCUGAACCUGUUCAACCUGGAUGUCACUCAGAAGUGUCUGAUUGCUGAAUGCUGGGUGCCGGCCCUUGACAUGGAGACUAUUCAACUGGCUUUGAGGAGGGGAACGGAACGGUCCGGAAGCUCAGUACCCCCAAUCCUGAACCGGAUGGAGACGCUGGAGGACCCGCCGACUUACAACCGCACCAACAAGUUCACGUCCGCCUUCCAGAACCUCAUCUACGCGUACGGUGUCGCCACCUACCGCGAGGUCAACCCCGCUCCGUACACCAUCAUAACCUUCCCGUUCCUGUUCGCCGUUAUGUUCGGCGAUCUGGGCCACGGCGCUCUGAUGGCCGCCUUCGGGUUCUGGAUGUGCUAUAAGGAGAAACCUCUGCAGGCCAAGAAGAUUGAUAGCGAGAUCUGGACGAUAUUCUUCGGCGGCCGCUACAUCAUCCUCCUCAUGGGCCUCUUCUCCAUGUACACCGGCCUCAUCUACAAUGACAUAUUCUCCAAAAGUCUCAACGUCUUCGGCUCGGCGUGGCGCAACAACUACAACAAGACGACGCUGCAAGAAAACGCCAUGUUGCAACUCAAUCCGGACUCGUUGGACUACGUUCAGACCCCGUACCCGUUCGGAAUUGAUCCCGUGUGGCAGCUCGCCGAAGCCAACAAGAUUAUCUUCAUGAACGCGUACAAGAUGAAGAUAUCCAUCAUCAUCGGUGUCUUCCAUAUGUUAUUCGGUGUCUGCAUGUCACUCUGGAACCAUCUGUACUUCAAGCGCCGCACCAGCGUGUAUGUGGAGUUCGUGCCUCAGAUCGUUUUCCUGGUGCUGCUGUUCUUCUACAUGGUGCUGCUCAUGUUCAUCAAGUGGACCAGCUACGGCUCCACGCCCCCAUUCUACGGCGACCCAAAGUACGUGACAACCAGCGCGUUCUGUGCGCCCUCCAUCUUGAUCACGUUCAUCAACAUGAUGUUGUUCAAAGUGGACGCCAACGAUCCUUCUCGACUAAUGUGCGCCGAGAACAUGACCAUGUACGCCGGACAACUCGGCUUGCAGAAGUUCUUCGUGAUCGUGGCCCUACUGUGCGUCCCCAUCAUGCUGCUCGGAAAACCGUACUUCAUCAUGCAGGAACAGAAGAAACGCGCUCGCGCCGGACACGCGAGCAUCGAGACCGGCGCGGGCGCGGGCCCGGAGAACGGCAGUGCCGGCGGCGCGCCCGUGCCCGCCGGGGGACACCACGACGAGGACAUCACCGAAGUCUUCAUACACCAGGCUAUUCACACGAUUGAGUACGUGCUGGGAAGCAUCUCGCACACGGCCUCAUACCUCCGUCUGUGGGCUUUGUCCCUCGCACACGCACAGCUCGCUGAGGUGGCCUGGAACAUGCUGCUCCGGAAAGGUCUGCAGUCUAGCGGGUUCUCGGGCGGCAUCUUCCUGUACGUGGUGUUCGCGGGCUGGGCGGCCAUCUCCGUGUCCAUCCUGGUGCUCAUGGAGGGGCUGUCCGCCUUCCUGCACACGCUGCGUCUCCACUGGGUGGAGUUCCAGAGCAAGUUCUACGCCGGCGAGGGCUACCUGUUCCAGCCCUUCUCGUUCGAGGUCAUUCUCGACUCCGCCGGCCAGGGCGAGGAGUAAACACAAUCAUCAGGCGAGCAACCGACAUAACUAUGGCUAAUUGUCGCACUAUGUUUCUGUUUAAAAUUAUCCUAGUAUAAUAGCCAGUUGAGUUGCACCAACUACACUUGACAGACCGAUCAACAUCACUCGGCAGAGAACUAUGAAAAUUCCCAAUAAAAUUUAGCAAACUCUUUAACGGUGACAGACGGUUUGGUGCAACCGAGCCUAAGAAUAUUCUUCAAUGUUUGAAACUUCCGUCAUUUAUUUGUUCUAGUAUAUGAUUGUAAGUAAUAAUGUGCUGCUGCAGUACUAAGUAGGAGGAAACUCCUUUAUGUCAAAUGCGGUCAUCGCUUAAUAUCAUCUAGUAUACAUAGAUACAUUGACACAGUUGACGGAGUGAAUAAAUAAUUGCCCAAUGGCGCCCAUCUAUGUUUUCUUUUGAAAAGAUUAAUAAUACAUUUUAAUAGCCGUUAGGCAUCUAGUAUAUCAGUGGCGUAGCUAGGCGUGGACGAAUGGGGCCUUUACCCACGGCCUCGCACUUUGGGGGGCCUCGCAAAGCCAACCUUUUUAUUGCCUUGGGAAAACACAUUGAAAAGGGCCUCGCAGAUGUGGUUUUUGCCCACGAGUAGAUUGGUUCACGCUAAAAUCUAAUUAUACACCAAAUUUUUUGAAUUUAUUGUCUAAAUAUGUGUGUUAGAUAAAUAAAUGUCUAUUGAUAUCAUAUUCGGUACAUUAAAAAAAUCUUGAAGCAUAGUAAAAAGUAAAUUGUUCAUUAGAUCCCUUGAAAUGUUGCUUAGCCUAUUUGAUGUGAGAAUUGUAGCUUAGUCGAGGACUUAAAGCCACUUAAUAUUGAACCUAGUGUGUAUUUAUUGGUGUUAUUUUCGCUUCUCUUGUAACGUGUAAGAUAAGUAUAAUCGUGGAAAUCAGAAAUGCUGUAAUUAAAUGUUUUAUUUUUUUAUACCAUUCCGUUCUCAAGGGUACAAAACGUAGUCGAAGGAAUUUUAAAAAGCUUAAAGUUGUGCGAAAUUUUGUGGCUGCAAAUGUGACGGCUUUCGUCGCCGUGAAGUUUCCAUGCGAUAUUUUCGUGGUAAAAAUUAGAUAACUUCUCAUAUCUUUGUGGAGCAAUCGAAAGUUUCCAUUUUCAAAAUGAAAGUUGCCUUUAUUUCCUUUGAAAUUUUCCUGAAAUUUCCGAAAACUAAACUUUUUUUAAACUUUGCAACUUGCACACCUAGUCUUCUUCUUCUUCUCUUCUUCAGCCGUUAAAUAAGCUACAAUAUUUGACAUUACUUCAAGCGUCUUAGUACAUUCCUUUGUCUAUGUUCCGAAUAACAUUUUUGUAUUGUGUACAUGUUUUUUUAUUUGCAAUUUAGGAAAUAAAUGUGUGAAUUAAUCAUUUUGUAUUCUUGCUCCCUUGUACUUAAUCUGAUGUAUUGGUGUGCUCUCUCUAAGGUAGUUCGAGUCAUUCCAGUAGGGCAAUAGUUCACAUGUUGAUGAUCACAAUAAUAAAUGUUUUAUGUAGUAUGCAAGAAA